CCCAAAGUGCUGGGAUUACAGGCCUGAGCCACCAUGCCCAACCCCUCUGUUAGCCCUUAUAAACCUCAUACCAGUUCUUUGAGGUCAGAAUUAUUCAAGAGCUUACUGAGAAAACAGUCCCUGAAAAGCUAAGUGAUUUGCCGUGUGGCAUGGAUAGUAAAGAGGAGAGCUGGCGUUUGAACUCAGGUCUGGCUUGACCUCAGAAUGAGUGAUCUUUUGUCUCUGUGCCCCAGGAUUGCAUCCUGUCACCAACACUCCACCAACCUAUGGAUCUGUGCUCAAAAGAGCCUGUUCACAUCAUAAACCAGAAUCCAAUCCAUAAACCAAAAGCCCAGGCUCAGAAUCACAUUGUGUGGAGCGAGCGUUUGGUGGAGUCCCUGAUUCAAAAUGUUUGACGAGGAAGCCUGUUUGUCUUCUGCUGGGUGUUUGGAGCCCAAGACACCUGAGUUCAGAGUCCAGCAUUGUCACUUCAGUCAGCGUUGGCAGUGUGGGGAUGUGACUGUGCCUCUGAACCGCAGUUUUGCCAUCUAUGCUAGUGGCAUUGUGAAGAGGAUGGCAGGUAACACAGGUGAAGCUCCCGGCCCCAGUGGGCCUUCAAGGAUGGCAGCCACUCCUGCCCCCUACCGGGGCUGCAGUCACUGCCUAUUCUGGGGAGGCCUGUGGGGUUUUAUAGCUGGCCCUGCCUGUGGUGGAGAAAGAGGGACCCACCCAUCGCUGAUUGGGCCCAGAGGAAAUGAGGACACUGUGAGAAGCCAAGACAGCAGGUGUGGCCCUGGAGAGGCCGUGGGGAUCGGCCUGGACAUUGGUUCCUUUUCUGCUGUUAUCUAGAUACCUACCAACUCUAGUUCCGGUUUGCUAAAGACAGGAAGCCAGACCUCCUCCAUGGGACCUGGAGUGGGAAGCAGCGGCUGCUGUAGGACUUAACCUUCUUCGGAGGUCAGGAGACCAGACCCGGGGUCCUGGGCCUUGGAACAGACUUUCUGUCUGUCUGGGCAGGAGCCAGGAGCCUGGGGUAGGUGUGGCCAGCCUUGAGGGUAGAUCAGGACAGGCAGCUGGGAGAAGGUGUGGCCCCAUCGACAGAGGCCCUGGGUGAGGGCCUUGCUUCUCUUUUCCCUCCACUGAAUACAGGUUGGGGGACUGGGAGCAAGGCCAGAAGGAAGGAUCAGACUGGCAAGCCUCACAGCUUGGGCCUCCAACAUUCAGGAAGUUGAACACUUUAAAUACGGUGUCAUCUAGUAGUCAUAGUGGCUUCUUACAGGCCAGGGUUUUUGGGGUUUGGGGCUUCCGAGGAGUCAGACAAUCGUACCACUCACUACCUUUGUUAUUCAGCGCGAACACCUCUGCCUCUCCAAGCCCACUUUCCUCAUCCAUGCAGGGAGAAUCAGCAUUCCAGCUUCACGGGGUAUUAGGGGGAUUAAUGGAGACUGUGUACACACUGCUAGAAUGCCUAGCAGUGUGCCUGGUACUAAUAAGUGGCAAUAAACACAGCCAUUGCUUUUUAGAUGUUUAUUAUCCCAAGGACUAGGAAUGGAGCUCUCAGCUCUGUGGACCCAGCAGGUUACCAGGGAGCUGACAGCGAGCAAGUUGUGAAUCGGGCAGGAAUGAGGGUGUGGCACCCAGGGCGACAGGACCGUCUGCCUAGGCUGUCUGGGCCGUGGGGCUGUUGAGGGUCCCAGGAGGGGAUGGAGGAGGUGGGGAGUCAGCAGGUCCUACCCCUGCCCCUCUAUACCCUUCUUUUCUGGGGACUGGGGAGACCUAGUGCCCCCCUGUUGGCUGCCAGGUACCAGGGUAAUGGAAGCUUGCACUGGAGGGCUGAUUUGGCUCCCUUGCUGCUGUUAAAAGCAGAACAGUGGGGCCCUGGAGCCUCUGGGGCCGGGCUGUUUGCCAGACUUCCGCAGAAACAGCCAACCGAGCAAUCUUGCCCCCUGCUCACUGAGUGGGUGGGGACCGCUGCACCAGCCUCACUCCAGCCCCCACCUCCCUGCACACCUUACUCCGUAAGCCUGGAGCCUCAGGAGGAGCCUGGCGCCUGGGCUUCUGCUUCCACCUGGUCAGGAGGGCAGGGGGCAUCCUGAGUGCCCUUCUAGUCUGGGGCUAAGAAAGCCUAAGCUCUUGGAAAUCAAGUGAGGGCCUGGCACUGCCAGGGCCCCUCCCUGUGACGUGGGGCCCCUCCCACCCAUUCUCUGCGUGUUGCCCUGCAGAUUCAGAGUUCCAGGCAGGCACUUCUCACUCGCAGCUGCGCGGCCCUGUCAGGAGGGAACGCAGCGCCAGGUGCCUGACUCCCGGAGACGCCCUGCUGGCGGACCUGGAGUCCACCACCUCCCACAUCUCCAAACGACCCGUGUUCUUGUCAGAGGAGACCCCCUACUCAUACCCAACUGGAAACCACACAUACCAGGAGAUUGCCGUGCCACCCCCCGUGCCCCCACCCCCAUCCAGCGAGGCCCUCAAUGGCACGAUCCUUGACCCCUUAGACCAGUGGCAGCCCAGCGGCUCUCGAUUCAUCCACCAGCAGCCUCAGUCCCCGUCACCUGUGUACGGCUCCAGUGCCAAAACUUCCAGUGCCUCUAACCCUCAGGACGGUGUUGGCUCUCCGUGCUCCCGAGUGGGUGAGGAGGAGCACGUCUACAGCUUCCCCAACAAGCAGAAAUCAGCCGAGCCUUCACCAACCAUAAUGAGCACCUCCCUAGGCAGCAACCUUUCAGAGCUCGACCGCCUGCUGCUGGAACUGAAUGCCGUGCAGCAUAACUCGCCAGGAUUCCCAGCAGAUGAGGCCAACUCAAACCCCCCACUUCCUGGGGCCCUGAGCCCCCACUAUGGUGUCCCAGAGAAUAACAGCCCCCUGGGGGGCAAAGCUGGGCCCCUGACGAAAGAGAAGCCUAAGCGGAAUGGGGGCCGGGGCCUGGAGGACGUGCGGCCCAGUGUGGAGAGUCUCUUGGAUGAACUGGAGAGCUCCGUGCCCAGCCCUGUCCCUGCCAUCACUGUGAACCAGGGCGAGAUGAGCAGCCCGCAGCGCGUCACCUCCAGCCAGCAGCAGACACGAAUCUCGGCCUCCUCGGCCACCAGGGAGCUGGACGAGCUGAUGGCUUCACUGUCGGAUUUCAAGACCAGCUCCUCCACAGUGGCUCUCAGCACCCCGGGGCUGCUGCCCAGCUCUGCUCCGUCCUCACACGGCUCCCUUCCAUCUUCUCCUUCUCCUCCUCCUCCCAUGCCAUCUGUAUUCCUGCCACCCACCACUAAACCCUCCCCUCGAGGCCAGGGCCACACUCCGGAGUCCCCUUGUACUGAGCAGAGUGGACGAGGCCUUCUACCUCCUGUGGCCCCCAGCUGGCUUGAUUUGGCUGGUCUUGGGGUGAAGCCUGACACCCUCAACUCAAGGUCUCCCUCUGUGGAGGGUUCUCUGGGGCCAGUAGGCACAAAGAGCCAGGGCCGAGAUUGGAGGCACCUGCCUAAUCUCACAAGUGAGCUCUCUGGGGCUCCUCGCUGCCACACUGUACCCCUUCCUGGGAGCACAGGUGCCCAGGAGCCUGGGGAGCCCCAGAGGCCACCAGCUAGCCCUCCAUGCUCAGAGGAGGCCGUGACUGCCACAUGGGAGGAGCCAAGGGCUUCGGAGGUAUUCAAGCCUGAGAGAAUCCCCCCAUGUGGAGCUGCUCGAAGCUUCCAAGAAGUAGCAGAGCCAGCUGUUGUGGCAGUGGACUGGCAGGCCAUCUUCCCAGAGACCUGGACUCUUACAGAGGAACACGGCCUACAGCAGGAGGGGCCAAGGCCAGAGUCAGAGAGGCUGCGAAGCAGCUGUCCUGCCCCAGUUACCAGGGAGCAGCUAGGUGGAAAGAUGCCCGAGAAGGGAAGCGUGGCCAGGCCCACCCAGGGACCUGAGACCCAAAGGAGCCCAGAGGGUGCCACUGAAGCUGCCACCCAGGCCGGGAAGGAACAGCCAGAGCUUCUGUGUGCCAUGGCCACAGGCACACCCAGCGCCACAGAGAGGAUUUCCACCUCUGGCCAGAUCCGAUCUGUGAUCAGGAGGAGCCGGGAGACGGGCCACGCACACCCCAUGUCCCGGGAGCCCUCCCCUCGCCGCCGGCUGGACCCUGCCACUCUGAGCAGGACCCCAUCCCAGGAACGGCUCAUCGCGGAGCUGCAGGGGCGGCUGGGCAUCCAGCCUGAGGCAGAGGAGCCGGUGGAGGCAGCGGGGCCCUCUGCCGAGGACUGGCUGACCGAAGGCGUCGUCAUCACUGUGCAGCCUCGUGGGAAGCGGGCUGGGGGGCAGCUUGUAGAGAAGGUUAUCUUCCCUCCUGGCUCUCCCAUUCCCCUGAGAAGAACCAUCUCUGUCCUGGCUUCUCCUUCUGUCCCUUUGCUCCAGCAUCACACAGACGCCGAGGCCAGCAGCUCUUCUCCCCUGUCCAGCCUGCCUGCCCCCUCCUCCCUGGGACCCUCAGCUUGCACCUGUGAUUCUUCUGGGGUUCGGAGUGCAGGGGAAGAGCCCCAUGAUGAGGGGGUGCAGGGCCCCACCCUUCCCACUCCUGUACCCCAUACCAUGAGGUCCGUGGGCUGCCAGACCGACGAGGACCCGCUCUUCCCCGCAAUGCAGAUCCAGGGCCUGGAGCAAAGAGCGGAUGGGGAGCUGUGCUGGGCAGCCGGCUGGCCUCGGGACAGCGGGCGGAGCAGCCCUGGAGGGCAGGACGAGGGAGGGUUCAUGACCCAGGGGAAGACAGGGAGCAGCUCACCUCCGGGGGGGGCCCCGAAGCCCGGGAGCCAGCUAGACAGCAUGCUGGGGAGCCUGCAGUCCGACCUGAACAAGCUGGGGGUUGCCACAGUCGCCAAAGGAGUCUGCGGGGCCUGCAAGAAGCCCAUCGCUGGGCAGGUUGUGACCGCCAUGGGGAAAACGUGGCACCCUGAGCACUUCGUCUGCACCCACUGCCAGGAGGAGAUUGGAUCCCGGAACUUCUUCGAGCGGGACGGACAGCCCUACUGUGAGAAGGACUACCACAACCUCUUCUCCCCGCGCUGCUACUACUGCAACGGGCCCAUCCUGGAUAAAGUGGUGACAGCCCUUGACCGGACGUGGCACCCUGAACACUUCUUCUGUGCCCAGUGUGGAGCCUUCUUUGGUCCUGAAGGAUUCCACGAGAAGGACGGCAAGGCCUACUGCCGCAAGGACUACUUCGACAUGUUUGCGCCCAAGUGUGGCGGCUGUGCCCGGGCCAUCCUGGAGAACUACAUCUCGGCCCUCAACACACUGUGGCAUCCCGAGUGCUUCGUGUGCCGGGAAUGCUUCACGCCAUUCGUCAACGGCAGCUUCUUCGAGCACGACGGGCAGCCCUACUGUGAGGUACACUAUCACGAGCGGCGUGGCUCGCUGUGCUCUGGCUGUCAGAAGCCCAUCACCGGGCGCUGCAUCACCGCCAUGGCCAAGAAGUUCCACCCCGAGCACUUCGUCUGUGCCUUCUGCCUCAAGCAGCUCAACAAGGGCACCUUUAAGGAGCAGAACGACAAGCCUUACUGUCAGAACUGCUUCCUCAAGCUCUUCUGCUAGGCGCCCUGUCCCUGUCUCUGCCCCCCUCCCCAGCCAGCAUCCCCAACUGCUACUGUGACCCAGAGACCUCGCCCUGGGGUGAAGGGGUAAACCCGACUGAAACUGGAACCCUCCUGUCCAUGGCUGGUGCAGGAUGGACAGAGGGCCGUGAGGGGUCUCCCUGCUUGUCUUCACCCUUGCUGGAACCUCUGGGCCCCCUCCUUCCUCCUGCAGCUCUCCCCAGGCUGCUCACUCUCCAUCCUCCCCAGAGCUGGAGGCUGGGGGCCCACCCCAGCCCACGUACGUUCCAUGAACUGGCCUGGCCAGCACCCCACACUGGAGCCAUCUCUUCCUCAUAUUUCAGCAGUGCAGCCAGGGGCGGGGGACAGGGAAGGGCAGGCUGGGUCUGUUGGGGUCUCUUUUUAUCCUUAUUUCUCCCCCGACCUAACUGUCUUUGUUCUGUGAGUACUGGGGGACACCCGGCUCCCUCCAGACAAUGCCAGCAUAGAUCCAUCCAUCCAAAGGCAGAGAACCUAAGGGGCCAUGGAAGGUUCUCUGUGCUCCUCCUACCCUUCCAGCGCCCUAGGCCUGGACGACUGCCCCUGCCUUUAUCCGCCUUCCCCUUUUAUACCUGCUCUGGUUCUACUGAGAAAAGCCUCUCCAGCAAUAAUGUUUUAUAGCCACUUCCUCCAUCUCCGGGACAGCGUGCCUGGACACUGUACUGACUUUGAUAGAUUUCUACACUGAGGUUUGAAUUCAUAUCGCCUGAGUUGCUUUUACUUCUGUAUACAAAAUGAUUUUGAAGAGAUUUUAAAGACGUUCCCUUUUGUAUUCUCCUUGUCCACCGCCACUGGGCCUGUCGCUGACGGUGGCCCUGGUGUGGAGUUGGCUUUGUACUGAGGGCUGGGGUGGGAAAGCAAUUUGUAUUUUAUGUUUUUUUGGCACAAGCAGGUGAACUGGGAGCAGCUCUGACUCCUGCUCUUUCACUUCACAGCUCACCAGGACUGUUUUAUAAACUGCUGUAUUUGGAAGCCCCUUCUUACUUCCCAGGCCAGCAAGCUCUUCACUGAAACUGGUUGAAGAGUGUCUCGCCCUUUCGGGGCUGGAAUUCUGAACCUCAUCUGUUCUGUCUCUGCAGGAGAAGGGGAAAGUCUGUUUUGGGGGGCUGCUUCCUGUCUGAGUAAGCCCUCAGGAGCCUCUGCUCCCCCGUGAACCCCUGAAACUUCUCAGCCUCUACCGCUUCUCUGGGGCCCUCUUCUGCCUUCUCAGGAAAGCGGGUGUCUGAUUUUGGCCGUCAGGACUCCGACGUCUCAUUGGUUUUGUUGAUUUCCUCUGGGCAUAUCCCUCCCCUAGAUGUGCUCUCCCGGGAGCCUGGGUCUGUCUCCUCCCCAUUCACUUGUGGGAUCGGCACUCAGGGGGUCUGGAAAGAAGGUCAUAAGGGAGUGUGAUAGGAUUUGGGGCAGAGGGACAAACUCCUCUGGGGAAACCCCCAGAGCUCCUGACUGAGAAUGAAAGAGGAGCCUGGCCUUAGGCUCCUGAUCAAGAGAAAGGGGCCCCACCGGGGUCUCACGGGGAGAGUCCAGACCACUCCACUGGCCUCCUGGCAGAAGCCAAGUGUGCUGGGGUCUCAGAAGAGGGUCCCUCCUUUGUAGCUGUGGGGAGGUCAGCCUGGCCCCUCUGGAGGUUUCCCCUUCUACCCACAGGCCUUACCGCUCUGUUUACAGUGACCUGCCCUAGACCUUCUCCAAGAGGGACUGGGGUUUCUGGGGUCCACUCCCUGAGUCAAUGGUUAUUUGAAAAUUUGACUUUCAUUUUAUUUUUUUCUCUGUAAACAUCUAACCUGGCUUUUCCCAUUUCAGUUCCUGUGAUUUAUGCCAAUAAAGUUUGCCGUGAUUUUCA